UUCCAAAUUCUCAGAAAUCGUAGCUUUUUUACUAUCUCUAUAAUUGUCGAAGGGAAGGUAUUGGCUUCCCUCUCCCUCUUGCUUAGUUGCUCAGUUCAGCUGAGCUCUCAUUGUCUCCUCUCUCUCGACGCUUGUUCAGGUUUCGCGGUGGGAAGUGCAGGUCAGGAUUUUGGGGUUUCCUUCAUCCCGUAGCUCAGCGAGUGGACGGACCAUUAGCUUCUUGGAAUAGCAAUGAAGCAUAGAGAGCCGCCCAAGAGCCUUUGCCAGACACAGGCAGAAUUGGAUAAAUUCAGUAAUCUUCCUGGCCAUGUUAUUGACCAGAUCUUGUCUCAGUUAUCCAUAAGGGAUGCCGUGAGGACCAGUGUCUUAUCAACCAAAUGGCGGUACAAGUGGACAACUAUCCCGAACCUUGUGUUCGAUAAUCAGUGCCUCACAUUCACUUCCCAAGACCAGACGGUCAUCAAGAACAAAUUAGUGAAUGUAAUUGAUCAUGUCCUCUUGCUGCAUACGGGCCCGAUCUACAAGUUUAAGCUGUCCCAUAGAGACCUUAUUGGAAUCACCGAUAUCGAUAAGUGGAUCCUUCAUCUCUCGAGGAGCCCUAUCAGAGAAUUCGUGCUUGAGAUAUGGAAGGGCCAACGGUACAAGUUGCAUUCUAGCUUGUUUUCUUGCCAGGAUUUGAUACACUUGGAGCUCUUUAAUUGUUUGCUCAGACCACCUGCAACAUUUCGAGGCUUUAAGAACUUGAAGAGCCUCGACCUGCAGCAUGUUACCAUGGCCCAAGAAGUCUUCGAGAGUCUUAUAUCAAGUUGCCCUCUUCUCGAGAGGCUGACCCUAAUGAACUUCGAUGGGUUCACUCAUCUCAACAUUGACGCUCCUAGACUUCUGUUCUUUGACGUCGGAGGUUAUUUUGAUGAUAUUACUUUCACGAACACCUUCAAUUUAGCGCUAAUUUCGAUUGGGCUGUAUGCUGAUGAGAAAGUUGAGAGGAGAUCUGCUCGAAAUUCCAGCAAUCUGCUUAAGUUCUUCGCUCACUUGCCCAAUAUUCGGAGGCUCGAGAUUCAGAGCUACUUCUUAAAGUAUUUGGCUGCUGGUGAUGUACCGGGAAGGCUUCUCUACCCUUGCACAGAUCUCGGAUAUCUUUCCAUACGCAUAAAUUUGGACGAUUUUGCUGAAAAUUCGGCUGCUCUAUGCCUCCUAAGGAGCUCCCCGAACUUGCAGGAGCUAGAGAUAUUGGCUCGUCCGGAGGAGCCGUCUUCUGGAGCAACUUGCCUGAGCUUCUGGGAGGGCGAGCAGAAGUACUGCAAAUUCUCUCAACUUCGGCUAGUAAAAAUUUAUGGCGUCUCCGGGAUCAAGACUGAGCUCGAGUUCAUACGCUUUGUUCUGUUAGCUUCUCCUGUGCUGGAGAAAAUGAUCAUUAAGCCUGCUCCAGUCAAUGAAGGAAUGGAGAUGGUGAAGGAAUUGCUUCGGUUUCGGCGAGCUUCUGUCCAAGCCGAGAUCGUCUAUGUGGACCCAUGAUGACUUUCCUUUGCUGUUUUUGCUGGAUCAAUGACUUAUUGUGAUACUUGCUGUACGGGAGAAAACUAAAUCAGAUGCUGGAACUGGUCUCCUCUAGUUGUAAUGCAUGGUUCGUAUCCUGAGUAUUAGUUAAUAGUUAUCGAAGAAAUAGUAUCUUUA